UCGGCAACAGUGCUCACAGAAGCUGAUAAAAACCACGGCCUUCCGUUUUGGCUUGCUAUGAAUUAGGACCCAAGUAAUCACUCGAGCAUAAAUUGAAAACGAUGGCGCCGAAUGCAGCUGCACCAGUGGAGCGUUAUGAGCCCCAAAGCCUUGGAAUCAACGCCAUUCUGCUGGGUCCCCCAGGCUCCGGCAAAGGAACGCAGGCACCCCUCCUGAAGGAGAAGUUCUGCGUUUGCCAUUUAUCGACUGGCGACAUGCUGCGAGCGGAAAUUUCGUCUGGAUCCAAGUUGGGAGCUGAGUUGAAGAAGGUCAUGGAUGCUGGUAAACUGGUCUCGGAUGAUCUGGUGGUGGACAUGAUAGACUCCAAUCUGGAUAAGCCAGAGUGCAAAAACGGAUUUCUCCUGGACGGAUUCCCCAGGACUGUCGUUCAAGCCGAGAAACUCGACACAUUGUUGGAUAAGAGAAAAACCAAUUUGGAUGCCGUCAUUGAGUUUGCCAUCGAUGACAGUCUUUUAGUACGGCGAAUCACUGGCCGCUUGAUUCAUCAGGCCAGCGGGCGUUCGUAUCACGAUGAGUUUGCCCCUCCUAAGAAGCCAAUGACGGAUGAUGUCACCGGGGAACCUCUUAUUAGACGCAGUGAUGACAACGCCGAGGCUUUAAAGAAGCGCCUGGAAGCAUAUCACAAGCAGACAAGGCCUUUGGUCGACUACUACGGUCUAAGAGGUCUUCACUUUAAAGUGGACGCCGCAAAGAAAUCCAGCGACGUCUUCUCAACCAUUGAAACCAUAUUCCAACGCAAGCGCCCCGCCGUUCAAUUAUGAUCUGUUCCGGCGCAAUAAUCCAUUACUGAUAACUGCCUCCUGACAAUUUAUUUCGAGACCCACACAACGUUUAAGCCUAAAGUUAAAGAUGCUUAUAGGAAUCCUAAAUACAUACCAUGACUCGAGAAGGGUACAUGUUGACUACUUUCCUUGUACAGAAUUCUAAAAUGUAUAAGUUUUUGUGAAUUUUUAUAUUUCACCAUUUGUAACUUUAAUACAACUAAAUAAAAAAGGUAUAUUUUA